AUGGCCGCUCCUUCCAUUCCCAAUCUCAACAGCCUGCGUGGUCGAACGGGUCUACGACGAGGUCGAGGUCGCGGACGCCCUACAGAUCCAGAUGCUCCCACUGAAGAAGAUGCUCAAGAUGCUCGCGACAAAAUCAUUCGCCAGACCGACGGCGACGCUUCCAAUUCCCGCUUGAGUGCUGUACAGCUUGGUUAUUUGAACGACGAAUUCGCAACUUGUUUUCUGCAAGGCCAGAUACCUAGACGCUACCCUCUUAUCAAUCGCGGCACUUAUGUCCGUACCUCUGCCAUUGAUCGUCUGGUCGACAAUUUUCUUGCUACUGCUAUUGAUGCACAAACCUCGAAUGAAUCUGCUGCUCCUCUAGCUCAGAUCAUUUCACUGGGUGCUGGCUCCGACACACGCUUCUUCCGCUUACCAUCCUCUCGAAGACGAUCGAUCCUCUACCACGAACUCGACUUCCUUGACAAUGUCCGCGCAAAGCUAUCCGCCAUAACCUCAACCCCAAAACUCUCCACCCUCCUUCCAACCCCCCACAUCUCUGCCGAUAACUCCUCGCUCUUAUCUCCAAACUACAACCUCCACACUCUCGACCUACGCGACCUCGCCUCUACAACCCCACCUCACAUACCAAAUCUAUCAACAGAUCUACCAACCUUACUCCUCAGCGAAUGCUGCCUCUGCUACCUUCCACCCCAAACAACCUCCUCAAUCCUCUCCUACUUUGCUUCCACAAUCCCUACCUCCCCUCUCGCAAUAGUCCUCUACGAACCCAUCCGCCCCUACGAUUCCUUUGGCAAAACAAUGCUCUCAAACCUCGCUUCCAGAGGCAUAGCCCUGCAGACCGUAAAAAAGUACUACUCCCCAGCCUCCCAACGCCUCCGUCUCAAAAAUUCUGGAUUUGUAGAUGGACAAGGUGCAGCAGAUGUCGAGCAGAUCUAUUACGGUGAUGAGUGGGUGAGUGAGACAGAAAGAGAUAGAGUCGAGAGAUUGGAAUGGUUGGAUGAGGUUGAAGAGUGGAAAUUGUUGGCAUCACAUUACUGUGUUGCUUGGGGUUGGAGAGAUGGUGAGGAUCAAAAGGUGUUUGGGGAGGCUUGGAAGCAUGUCAGUGGGCAGAGGACGGAUAAAGAGGUUGUUGAUGAUGAGAUCAUGUAA